GGCAACACGGGGUUCCCUGGGGCAGAUCCUCUUUUGCACGCUCAACACGCACAAAGUAGACAUGCAGAAGCUGCUGGGGGGACAGAUCGGCCUGGAGGACUUCAUCUUUGCCCACGUCCGGGGUGAGACGAAGGAGGUGGAGGUGACCAAGACAGAGGAUGCACUUGGCCUCACCAUCACAGACAACGGGGCCGGCUAUGCCUUCAUCAAGAGAAUCAAGGAGGGGAGCAUCAUCAACCGCCUCCAGACGGUGUGUGUGGGUGACAGCAUCGAGGCCAUCAACGACCACACCAUCGUGGGCUGCCGGCACUAUGAGGUGGCCCGGAUGCUGCGGGAGCUGCCCCGGGCUCAGCCUUUCACCCUCCGCCUGGUGCAGCCCAAAAAGGCCUUUGACAUGAUCGGGCAGAGGACACGGAGCAGCAAGGCCCCAGGCGAGGGCAGAGUGGCCAGCGGGAAGGAAACACUGCGGCUGCGGACGGAGGGCCCUGCUACGCUGGAGGAGGGU